AUGGUCCGUCUUAUUCACGCCCUUGCCCUGGCUGGGUUUGCUCUCGCCUUCGAUUUCGAGGGCAAGAAUAUCCCCGCUGGCGUCCAAGAAGACCUCCUGCCCCGAGGCGUCGCAAACUUCCCUCCUCUUCUAGAGAACCGCCAGUCCAGCUGUGAGGUUGGCGAGAAGACAUGUGACACCAACUACUGCAUCUCCAUCACCAACACCUGCUGCGGCGACGGAAACGGCGCCUCCUGCAAAGCCGGCUACGUCUGCCAGUCCGAGGGCUGCUGCCCCGUCGGCAAGACCUGCACUGGAACCGCCACCUGCGACACUGGAAAGAAGAAGUGCGGCGACUUCUGUAUCCCCAGCACUGGUAUCUGCUGCGGCGACGGCGCCGGCACAUACUGCAACGCCGGCCAGACCUGCACGUCCGAUGGACGCUGCCGCACCGGCUCCUCUGGGUCUUCGUCUUCCACCUCCGCCCGCGCGACUGCCUUCGCCACAACUUCUGCUUCGGCGACCCUCCUCGCUGCGUCCACCCGCACCAGCUCUUCCUCCUCGACUACCAGCACUGCGCUGUCAACCAGCAUUGGCAAUUCUAACCUGUGCAAGCGCAAGAAGGGUGGCGGCAGCAGCCACAGCAGCGGUGGCGGCGACGAUGACGACUGCAAUGCUGCCGGCACUCUCGCGGUCCCAUCCAUCAUCGCCGGGCUUGUCCUGCUCGUCCCCGUGUUCUUCCUGUAA